AGAAAAGAAAAUGGAAGACGGUGAAUGCAUUGCAACAGAAGCACCCAAGGCACCAGUGACUAAAGAAAGAAAGAUCGGAACAGACUUGGAAAAAUAUAUAGCAAAGCCAUAUGUCGCAAGAGCACUGCAAGCUCCAGAUGUGGGAAAUCCAGAUGGGACAAAAGGAUAUCCGGAUAAUGGAAUGACUGUUCUUCAACAACAUGUUGCCUUCUUCGAUCAAAACAACGAUGGAGUUGUUUAUCCUUGGGAGACUUUCAAAGGUAUUCGAGAUCUUGGGUUCGAUCCAUUUUCCUCAUUUGUCAUAACUUUUGUAAUUAAUGCAGCAUUUAGUUAUCGCACUCUCCCGGGGUGGGUGCCAAAUCCGUUACUUCCCAUAUACAUAGAGAGAAUACACAGAGAUAAGCAUGGGAGUGAUUCAGCAACAUAUGAUACUGAAGGAAGGUUCAUGCCAGUGAACCUGGAGAACAUGUUCACCAAGUAUGCACUCACAAAGCCCGACAAUUUAUCACUCAAGGAGUUGUGGCAGAUGACUGAGGGAAAUCGGGCCGCUUUCGACUAUCUUGGAUGGAUGGCAUCCAAGUUGGAAUGGUUGCUGUUGUAUUAUGUAGCCAAGGACAAGCAGGGUUUUCUGUCCAAAGAAGCUGUUAGAGGGUGUUUUGAUGGGAGCUUGUUCAAGAACAUUUCCAAAAUGUACAAGGACUCAGAUAGAAAGAGUAAAUAA